UAGAGAGAUAAGCAGAUGUGAAAAACAUUUGAAACUCCACAAAUCAGCAUGCGUUAUACUUUAUCCUCAAGACUUGGAUAAAGUCAGUCUAAAUCUAAAUUGAUAGUACGGAAAAAGAAUACAUGACAUUUCAGAAUCGCUUUUGAAAAUGGUGCUUUGAAAAUACGUUUUCUUCAAGUGCAUAGAAGGGCGAAUAACCUGUGAGUAUAGAGAUAAACAACAUUUAAAGGUCAGAGAAGUGAAGUCUGACCGAAGAUUUGUAACGAUGGCGAAUAGUUGGACUUUGACGGUGAUUGUCCUCCUAAGUAUCUUUAUGGCAAGAAGUCAGACAAGAGGAGAUCAAGCCACUGCAUCUCAUCAGAAUAAAGAUUCUGCGAUUAAACAACUGACAGAUUUCAAAGAGCAGACAUUUAUUCCAGGCAAUGAUGUGAUUUUACAGUGUGGAAAUGUCACUGAUAUCAACUGGAAUGAAUUAAUUUAUAUCGUCUGGAACAUCAGCCUGCAAGACAGAAAAUGUUGGCUUGGUUUGUCUCCCAAGCUGGACGACAAAUGUAAAGAUGGAAAGAGGCUGUACAACACCUCAGAUGGAGUUUACUUAGUCAUUCCCAAGAUUUCAACAGAAGAUGAAGGAUUUUAUUCUUGUGAUGUAUCGUAUAAAGCAGGAAGCUAUGCUGUAAAUGUGUCUGUAAACGUUAUCAACGUUUCCACCCAGCUGUACAGAGAAAAGAUUGCUGUCUGUCGGGCCACAUACACACAAAAGACAGCACCCACUCUUCAUUGGGAACCUGCCUUGAACUUUUCCACCAGUAUCAGCUCUGUUGAGAAGCUUGGCAGGUUUUUUAUGAUGGAGAAUCGAAUAUAUCUGCCGGACAAUGUCAACAUCAGUGAGCUCACCUGUGUGGCCACAUACACCUCCAAGUCCGGCUCUGUUCAGCACAAGAGCACACUUCAUCUUAAACAAAAUUCAUCAACUGGAACACAAGAAACUUCCUCUUUUCCAUCGAAAAUUAUUGCCAUAUCAGUUGGUUCUGUUUGUUUUAUUCUUGUAUCUCUGGCCGUGGUUUACAUACUCUGCAGAAAGCUUAAAGACUUAAGUGCACUGAAGAUGCUUUGCUGCAAAUCCAAAAUCUCAACACCAGCUGAAGACAAACCACCCCAGCCUGCUGAUGUUGAAGAGGUGGAACCCUAUGCAAGUUACAUACAGAGAGUCAACUCCAUCUACAACUCCUCAGCUGAACUCUUCAACGCCUGAGAGACACUCGCUUUUCAUGAUGAAACAGGAUACCAGAAGAGAGCUGAGGGCAAAGAUAUGUCUGUGGUCAAAAUUACACAUGAAAAACAAUACUAGUGGAAAAAUAGUCAUCUCAAGAGAGCAUCCCCGAAGCAAACAGCGCCUGAAUGAGGAGCAAAAGUCACACUGACUCAAAAGAUGAAAGGUGAUGACAAAGGAACAUUUCUCUUAUAUGUGAUGAGGAAUAACUGGGACAACUUCAGCGUCAGCGAUAUCACUAAUAUGUAGAUUUGUAGAAAACGAGCCUGGUUAGAUAUUAAUCAUCUGAACUAAUCAAAUUUGUACAUAAUUAUUUAUAUCAGUGUUAAAAGAAACAAAAAUCAGCCGCAAACAAUGUUUUCCUUGAUAAAUACUAACCAGGCCAAAUGUAG